GGAUGGGCGGAUCGUAGACGCGUACAGCCGCUCCGCCUCCAAGGCGUUGUGGAAGAAAGGAUCACUGUCGAGAGACUGCAUUAAAGGCGAUAAACAAGCAUAAAUGUAUGUCUUUUACAAAAAAAUGCGACCGCGCCGGCUAAGCUAAUAGGAUACCAGGGUUGGGACUGUAUUAAUGCGCCGCCCUGUUAUGCGCUUUGGAGUAACGUUUAGCGCGUCAAAGAAAUCCGAUUUCUCCGGGCGACUUGUGUUUACACAGGAGCCAUCCAAAGCCACGUUUUAGCAAGCAACCUUGGUUGGGACAGUACAGUACAGGACUGUUUGGCUUUUGAGUCACUGCCCAUGCAAACAGUGGAGGACCAGAGCAGGGAAGCAAGCUACACAUGCAUGACCAUAUAAGUGAAUUUACUUGAAAUACUAGAAGGAAAACUGUCCAUCGGAGAGGUUUUGAUAACAUGAAGUGUUGCAACUGAUCGACAGCACGAGCACAUGUUGUGCAUGUAGCAAAUCGCUUCGUUGUAUGAACUUUCACUGUGGAUGUGGACAUGGAAAGUGUUGCAAACUAACUACAACUACGCCUGGUCUUGGUUGCAGGGAAUGGUUGGCUACAUCGACAUCAUUUUUGAAAGUAGUCUUUAGUCCCACAUCGCUGUCAACGAGCUUCGGCUGAAAGUCUGCUGGGUCGACAUGGAGAGUCAGGAUGAGAGGGAGAACAGUCCUCCGAAGUCGGACAGGAGGUUCGCCCUGACUUACAUCGGAUGGUCCUCGCUCGACAGGCGGACCACCCUGCCCAUGCUGCCGUGGCUGGUGGCGGAGAUCCGCAGGAAAUGUGAGAAAGGCGACUGCGGCCCCGUGGUGCAGCCGAGAGAGGUCCAGCUGGUCCUCAACCUCUCCUUCAUCCGAUGUGUCCCGUCCAACAGCAACAACUCUUCAGUCUUUAUAUUUGAACACAAAGCACAGCUCAUCUCUCGCUUCAUUCACAACAGCAAUGACCUCACCUAUUUUGCCUAUCUCCUGCGAGGCCAGCCCGACAACCCAGAGUCCGAGAUGUCCUGUCACGUCUUUAAGGCCUGCGACCCCAACCAGGUCACUGAGGUGGUCAGCAGAAUUCGCCAAGUGUCCAAAUCAGCCCUAAAGGAAGACGCCAAGCCCAAACAGGAAGUUGAAGAGUCCUUCUACAACUCCCAGAAGUUUGAAGUGCUUUAUUGUGGCAAGGUGACAGUUCUGCACAAAAAGGCUCCAGCCACACUCGUCGAUGACUGCAUCGAUAAGUUUCGUCUGCAUGAGGUCGAGCGCAAGCGCCUGCGCCUGCUCAACGGCCAGCGGGGGUCCACGGAGAGUGCCUCUGUGGAAAUCAUCAUUGGGGAAGAAGGAGACCCACUCUCCUCUGCUCUGAAUGAGAGUAUACAAGACCCCGAAGGUUCUGGAGUGGAGGACAUGACUGGAGGUAAAAGCCUGUCCAACAGUACCAGUCAGAGCAGCCUGCGAGGAGCGUUUCCCGAGUGCAUCCUGGAGGAUUCUGGCUUCGAGGAGCCCCAGGAGUUCCGUACUCGCUGCAGCAGCCUGGCAGCGAGUCUGCAGAGGAAGCCGGGGGAAGGCGUCAUCAUGGGUCCCACGCGCCGCAGACACUCGAGCGCACCAAACCACGUUCAGCCAUCUGAUUCAGACAAGAACCGCACCAUGCUCUUCCAGGUCGGGCGUUUUGAAGUAAAUCUCAUAAGUCCUGACAGUAAAACGGUGGUGCUGGAGAAGAACUUCAAAAAUAUCUCAUCCUGUUGUCAGGGCGUCAAGCAAUCCGACCAUUUUGGAUUCAUCUGUCGCGACCAAAUAGAGUCUGGUCCCAGUCAGUAUGUGUGCUACGUUUUCCAGUGUGCCAGUGAGUCCCUGGUGGAUGAGGUGAUGCUGACCCUGAAGCAGGCCUUCAGUACAGCUGCAGCCUUGCAGAGCAACCAAACCCAGAUCCAGCUAUGUGAAGCCUGCCCCAUGCAUGACCUGCACAAGCUGUGCGAGCGGCUUGAAGGUCUCUACCCACCCAGAGCAAAGCUAGCCAUCCAAAAAUAUCUCUCCCAACUGACUGACAAUGAGCAGGCUGAGAUCUUUGAGCGAGUUCAGAGAUUGAAGCCCGGGUCAGACCAAGAGGACAAUGAGCUGGUGAUUCUCCAUCUGAGACAGCUCUGUGGAACCAAACAGAAGUCUCACCUCCACAUCGGAGAAGCCCUGCAGAACGCAACAAACAGCUCAUCGGCAGCAGACGGCUCGGCCACCAGCAGUCGCUUCAAACUUGAUAUUCUCAAGAAUAAAGCUCGCACCUCCCUCACCAGCUCCCUUGAGAACAUCUUUGCAAGAGGUGCAAACCGGAUGCGGGGCCGUUUGGGAAGCAUGGGAAGCAUCAGCAGUUUUGAAAGGCAGGAUGAGGAAUCUCCCAAUCAUUCCCCUCCAGGUUCACCUCCCGCUUUCCCCGACGACAACCCGGAAGCCGGAAGCCUGCAGUUCCGUCGGCGUGCCCACACCUUCAGCCAUCUACCUGUGAAGAAACGCAUCUCCUUCGAGGGCCAACCGGCCAGCCAGAGCAAACAGGCUCCACUGCGCAGACAACAGUCUGUUAACCCAGAACUGCUGCAGAGCAGUCCCGUGGCUAUCUCCAGAACGCGCAGCGUUUCGGAGAGCGAGUCCACCUUCAGCCUCCCUUCCUCCUUCUCCGCCCCCACUUUCCUGAAAAGCAUUUACCAGGGCUCACUGGGCUCCCUGAGCUCCCUGGCAGACAGUGGGAGCCUCAAGAGCAAUGGAGAAGGCAGGAAGAGGACACUGUCUGGCUGCAGCAGUGACUCAGUGAGUGGAGGUCUUCCUCCGACCCCACGCCGGGUCUCCUGGAGACAGAAGAUCUUCCUGAGGGUCGCUUCACCCAUGAAUAAGCAGUCUGCAUCGAUGCACCACCCAGACCACUCUGAUUGCAGGGAGCUGCUGCCUCUCUCCCCUCGUGGCUUGCACUCAAGUCUGGAUCCUUUGGGGCGUCUGCUGCCCACGGCAGGUGAACCCCUGUCCGGGGAGAGGCCUAAGAGGACGGGGGCUGACUACCGGGUCCUCUGGAAGACUGCCAUCCACCAGCAGAUCCUCCUGCUGCGCAUGGAAAAGGAGAACCAGAGACUGGAGGAAGCGAGCCGGGAUGAGCUGCAUAUUCGCAAGAUGAAGCUAAACUACCAGGAAGUGGGCCAGUGCUCCAAAGAUGCGCAGGCAUUGUGGGAGAGAAAACUGACAGCUCCGGGCAGAACAACAGUCCCACAAGACAAGGAGGAGAUGUAUCGUGCACUGUGCCAAGGUGUUCCCAAGAGCAGGCGUGGGGAGGUCUGGCUGCUCCUUUCCCAUCAGCACCGGCUGCGUCACAGGCUGCCCCAGCGUCAGCAAGCCAUGGACACCCCCUACCACGACCUGCUCAAGCAGCUCACUGCACAGCAGCAUUCUAUUCUGGUGGAUCUAGGCCGGACCUUCCCCACGCACCAGUACUUCUCAGCCCAGCUGGGCGCAGGGCAGCUUUCCCUCUACAACCUCCUGAAAGCCUAUUCUCUGCUGGAUACAGAGGUUGGCUACUGCCAGGGCAUCAGCUUUGUGGCUGGAGUGUUGCUGCUGCACAUGUGCGAAGAACAGGCCUUCGACACUCUGAAGUUCCUCAUGUAUGACCUCGGCAUCAGGCAGCAGUUCAGACCUGACAUGGUCUCUCUGCAGGUUCAGAUGUACCAGCUCUCCAGACUGUUACACGACUACCACCGCGAGUUGUACAAUCACUUCGAGGAGCACGAGAUCUGCCCCAGCCUCUACGCAGCACCGUGGUUCCUCACUCUCUUCGCCUCACAGUUCCCCCUCAACUUUGUGUCCCGCGUCUUUGAUUUCGUGUUUGUCGAAGGGACCGGCGUGAUCUUUAAAGUGGCCCUCUGUCUGCUGAGCAGCCAUGAGGGGGAGAUAGUGGAGUGUGACACUUUCGAGAGCAUUGUGGACUAUCUAAAGACUACACUUCCCGCCCUCACUCAGACACAAAUGGAGCAGACCAUUGUGAAGGCAAUGGAGAUAGACAUCUCCAAGCAGCUGCAUGCGUACGAGGUGGAGUACCAUGUCCUGCAGGAUGAGAUGCUGGAAGCCGGACCACUGCCUGAUGACUCCGACCGGCUGGACAAACUAGAAAAGACGAGCGUGCAGUUGAAGAAACAGAACAUGGAGCUGCUGGAAAAACUUCAGGCUGCGCGGCAGAAGAUUCAGACACUGGAGACGACCGUAGAGAACUUCCUUUCUCGGGAGAGCAAAAUGAAGCACAUGAUUCGCUCUCUGGAGCAGGAGAGGGCAGCUUACCAGAAGACCAUUGAACGCAUGCGCUCAUGCCUUCCCCCUGACGCCCUGACAGAUGUGGAGAUGACCCAGAUCAAAACAGGACCCAACGGGAAAGCCAAAACUGCAGCCAAGAAGCCCUGAUGGCAACCAGGGGGCUGGCUGCUGUGGGCAGACGCACAGGCAGAGACUGAAGCGAACAAAUGUCAGCUGCUCUAUUGUUGUACUGCUGUAAGAGUAGCCGGGUUUUGUAAAUGUGUGAUUUCUGGACGUGCAGACGGGAAAUAUCUAUGUGGUAUUUGUCAGGAUAUAAUAGAGCAGUGGGAGGAUGGUUUCAGUUAUAUUAGCAAACAGACUGUUCCAUCAGUGCAUCAAAGCUGCUUAUCUGUUUCACUGAUAGUUUGAAGGUGAGAUCAACAUCCUUCCUUAUUCAGAUCUUUUUGGUACUCACGGGGGACUUUUCUAGUUUGACACAAGUGAGAAACGCUUCUGCCUUUUUCAAAUCUCUUUGAGCACUGCCUUGAUGUAUUUACUGCCAGUCUCAGUAGAACCACAAAAGCAGCGAACAGAAGUUGCCUGUUGACAAACGAUCCUUUGGACCUCAGGUUCAACUUAUAGCCAUUACCAGUGUGUAUGAUGUCCCGUUGUUUGUGAUGGAAACUCUGCCUCAAAGUUAUCACAUUGCUUUUUUUUUUUUAUUAUUUCCUUGUAUUCACUUGAAAUUCGUGAAUGUAAUUUCACUCCAGAGAUAAUUUCGAUAACAUUUUUCUUCUUACAACAGAAACAUCUGUGUACAAAUCUGCCAUAUUAGGCUUUAAAUGUCAGCAGACAUACUGUAUGUGGCAUGUUGUAGCAUGUCCCUCAUGCACCGCACCACUGCCUUCACGUGAGAGAUCUUUAGCACGUCUUGCUGCUCUGAAGGAGGAAGUGUUUCUUCCAGCUCAUGCAGGAUGUGAGGUCGUCUGCCUUUUCAGUUUCCUGUGUGACUGUUCGCGGUGUCGCCUUUGUUUUAGCAGCACAGAGUUCACGCUCCCCAGGGGGGCACAGAAAAACAAACUAAGGUGGCAGAGUGAUCUGAAUGUACAUCACAUACGUCUGUUUUUAAUGUCUGGUUGACAGUUUUGUUAUUUCUUUUUUUAAUUUUUAAAGGUGGGUCUACAAGCAGUUAGUGUUGCUUGGCUCAAGAUUUCAAGACCACACAUAUCCACAGUUGCAUUGCUGUUGGUCACACAACCAGUUUCAUGUUUGCAGUAAAACUCAAGUGUUUCGGUGAGUAGAGAGACGGCAAAGGAAAUAAGAAAAACUUAAUGCCAGUUUCCUUUUUGAGUGGUGACAAGUCUCUCCGGAUACUGCGUAAUAUAUACAGUAUUUGUACACACACACACACACACACACACACACGCAUACAAACAAGCUGUGCAGUGAGCUGUCUGACUUUAUGGACAGACGGUUCAAAUUAGUACAAAGAGGUGUCCUUGGCUCUCUCCUCAGUUUUGUUUUAUCCCACCUCCAUGUCUGACUCAUCGUCGCCAGUUCUGAUUGAAAGCAAAACAGUCCUGGGCUCGACUCCGCUUUCGUAAAACACCCGUACAUUAAAACCGAGGUGAUGUCUAUCAUGAGAUAAGUACUUACUAACAGUGUCUUUCCUUCCUUGUUGACAUGUUGCGGUGACACAUUUGUCUGUUUCAGUGUAAAGUCCAAGCAGACUAUGUCCUUCAGCAAUGCAAUGCAAUAUGUGUAUGUUUAGCAAUGCUGUGUGUUUGCAUAUACCCAGAGCACUUGCCUACUUUUGCUAAGUUACAGGAGCUACAGAUAUUCACAAAGAGUUUGAUAGAUUGAUAAAUCCGGCCAGACGUUCUCUGUCUUGUUGAAAUGUUCUUGUGGUAAUUGAGGUGACGUUGAAAAGGUUUGCACCCAACAUCUCAUAAAGAAUAGAGUGAGGGAAGAGAGUCACCUCUGCACUACAGGUGAUCUCUCAAACAUACCAAACAACUUUUUUCUCGAAAUCUGUCAAAGGAUACCAAUGCAGUCCGACUCAUACUUUUUUUUGCCUGUAUUUUGCUCAUCUACAGUAUUUGUGCGUAAUAUAAAUUGACCGUUGAACCAAAGAGGUGGUUGCUUUUCAUAAAUGUAUGAAUGACUUCAUCCAAAAUGCUGUGAUGUAUUAUAUAUGUUAAAUGUGCUAACUUCUUUUUGUCACUACACCUUUUCAUCUCUCUUUAAGCUUGAAAAGAUACCAAAUAUUGGCAGUAAAAACUUGACUCUUGAAAAAAAAAAAAAGAGACCAUUGGCAGACUUGUUUACACAUCGUUUUCAUUGUAUUCCUUUGUGCCAAAAAUAAAAAAUGGCCUUUAUUCUCCAUUAAUCGGAGAUAUGAGACUGUUAUUUUACACCAGGUGCUCCGAGUCCUGACUGCUACAUAGUGCUUGUGUCACUGUGUUUUAAUGAAAGACACUUAAUAAUAGAUGGAUUGUUUUUCAGUCAACAUGAGGGCUACACAAAAACAAAAGACACUGUCAUAAAUUCUUCAAUAAACACCUUGCCUUGUU